UGUGCUCAGCGACGUCGGCUUAGAGCUGGUUGAGAUUUCAACUCGCCAACACGGCAAGAGGCUGUUCGUUCGUCAUCUCGAGCUGAAGCUGCUGAAAAUGCUUCUCAAAUCCGUCUGUUUGCUUGGAUUGCUGGUCUGCGGCAGCCAAGCCGUUCUUCAGGUGUCCAUAUCCCUCAACAAGGUGGAAUUGAGUGUUGGAGAGUCCAAAUUCUUCACCUGCACGGUCAUUGGGGAGCCAAUCAGUUUGAACUGGUUCAACCCUCAAGGUGAGCGCAUCAUCUCCAACCAGAGGGUGGUAUUGCACACAGAGGGGGUCCGCUCUAGACUCACCAUCUACAAUGCCAUCAUUGAGGAUGCUGGUAUAUACCGAUGCCAGGCUGUGGAUGCCAAAGGACAGACUCAGGAGGCCACAGUGGUGCUGGAAAUUUAUCAAAAGCUGACGUUCCGGGAGGUGAAGACACCUCAGGAGUUUCGGCAGGGGGAGGAUGCUGAAGUCGUGUGUGAUGUCAUCAGUUCACCUGUGCCGGCGGUCUCCUGGUUCUAUAAGAACAGAGAGAUCACACCUGAGCGUUUCAACAGGCUCCAGGUCCUUCCCAACAACAACCUUCAGAUCCUGAAAGUGGCCAAAGAGGAUGAGGGAGUGUACCGCUGCGAGGCGCGAGUGGAGGCCCGAGGCGAGAUCGAUUUCCGCGAUAUUGUAGUGGUGGUAAACGUUCCCCCUGUACUGUUAGUUCCCAAGGAGUCCUUCAAUGCAACGGCUGACUACCAGGAGUCCGUGACAUUUACCUGCAUCACCUCUGGCUCUCCUGACCCUGAGGUCACGUGGCUCCGGAAAGGACGGCAGAUCGAGAGAUCGGAGCAGUAUGUGUUGAGCACACUUGAAGGAGGCAAGAGCACGCUGACCAUUAAGAACAUCAAACAGGGUGACGGAGGCCCUUACACCUGCAGAGCCAGCAACAAGGCUGGAAGCAAAGAGAGCGAGAUUCUCCUCAAAGUGUUCGUCCAGCCGCACAUCACGCAUUUGAGGAAUGUGACAGCAGUGGAAGGCAGUGCUGCCAUGAUCUCCUGCACAGCUGAGGGUGAACCUUUGCCUGAAAUCUCUUGGAGAAGAGCCAGCGAUGGGCAGACGUUCUCACAUGGGGACAAGAGCCAGGACGGGAGAGUGGAGGUUCAAGGACGUCACGGCAAGUCCAUGCUGACCAUCAGCGGGGUCCGACUCUCUGACUGGGGACGUUUUGACUGUGAGGCCCUAAGCAGGAUUGGAGGCCAUCAGAAAAGCAUGUUCUUGGACAUUGAGUAUGCCCCAAAGUUUCAGAUUAAUCACACUAUCUUCUACUCCUGGGAGGGGAAUCCAGUGAACAUCAGCUGCGAAGUGAUGUCCAAUCCCCCAGCCACCAUGUUGUGGAGACGAGACAGGUUCACUAUCUCCAAUGAAGGCACAAGCAAUACUCGUAUUCAUACUGCAGAGGGGAGAUCAUUACUGGAGGUCACCCCAAUGUCCGACAGGGAUUUUGGCCGAUACAACUGCACGGCCAGGAACAACAUCGGUGCUCGAUAUCAGGAGUUUAUUUUAGCACAGGCAGAUGUGCCGUCCAACCCGUACUCCGUGCGGUUCGCCUCGGUAUCUCAGCGCAUCGCUACAGUCACCUUUAUGAAGCCUGACUCUCAUGGUGGCGUGCCCAUUGGCCACUACAUUGUCAACUACAAGGACCAGAGUUCUCAGGAGUGGAGGACGGUAAAGUCACAUGGUGUACAGACAAUGGUACUCCUGACUAACCUGGAGCCAAACACGACGUAUGAGGUCAGAGUGGCAGCCGUGAAUGGGAAAGGUCAAGGGGAGUACAGCCACACGGAGACCUUUCAGACUUUGCCUAUCCGAGAACCAAGCCCCCCUACAGUUCACGGCCAGAGAGGAGUGGGCAAGGCCUACAGACUGGGUCUGGUCAAACAGGAUGACGGUGGGAUGCCCAUCGUGGAAUACAUUGUAAAAUACAAGACAGACAAGGAAGAGCAGUGGAUGACUAAGCUUGUUCCAGGCAUGAACGACUUCACCAUCCUGCAGCCUCUUCAGUGGAACAUGCGCUAUAAUGUGGAGAUCACAGCCCGCAACGUCAAAGGCCUGUCAGAACCCACCUUCUUCCAGUUCCUCAUGCCUCAGAAACCAGACAUCACAGCAGACUCCCUGUUCAGCGGCCUCGGACUGGGCGCAGUGGUGGGUCUGGGGCUGGCCGGCCUGUUGCUCCUGCUGGUGCUGGUUGAUGUCAGCUGUUUCUUCCUGCGCCAGUGCGGCCUGCUCAUGUGCAUCUCCCGGAAGCUUUGCAGCAAGAAGACUGCCACCAGCAGCAAAGGCAAAGAGCUGGAGGAGGGCAAGGCAGCCUACCUGGGUGAUGGGUCCAAGGAGCCCAUUGUGGAGAUGAGGACAGAAGAAGAGAGAAUAACUAACCCAGAGGACGGCAGUCCAGUGCACGAACCAAAUGAGACAACUCCUCUAACUGAGCCAGAAAAACUCCCUCUCAAAGAGGAAAAUGGAAAAGACGUCCUUAAGCCGGACUUGAUCGAGAUCAAGGUGCACAGCGACAACAGCAUCCACACAAAACAGGACGACAGCAAAGCGUAAUGCGGGGGGACAUUCUUUGGGAGGACGCUCCAAGCCUGGCCCGAACAAGACCAAAACACCGGGAAAAAAAUGUAAAAAGAAAAAUACAAGGGUAAAUCGGAAUCCUCAGAAGUAGAACGGCUAAUCAAGGGCACACACACAGGGGCAUCUGUAAAUAUGUUAUAAAUAUAUAAAAAAAAAAGAGAGUUGAGUUUUUAUUGUGAUAAAUUAAUUGUCCUUUCUAUUUGAAGCAGCUCCAGCUGAAGGCACUUGAUUUUGAGUGACAUUUUCUGUUUUUAGCCACCUUUUGUGUUGGUAGGGCUUUAUAUUCAUGCCUCCACUUCAGCUUUGAUUCCGUCCUUGCAAAUUAAAACACGUUGGGUCUCUGUGGAUAACACGGAGCUUUCAGGACCAUUUGGCGUGUGCCAAAAUGUCCCCACAUGGACAUCACUAUGGACGUUACCAUCUGAUUGCCAUGUCUUGUCCACAUUUCUCCAGCAUGUGACCUCGGGUCACGUUCCUUCAAAACAGCAGCCUUG